GACUUGCUUCUGCGCGAUGACAUCCGCACCAUCCUGAGUUUGUUCCUUUAUGCCACAGGAUCCGCACAAAUACGCCUUGUGAAAGCGAUUCUCUUGCUCACUGCCAACUCCCCGGGUACACAGUCUAGGCACAUCAUGCAGCUGCGACACGCAGCUGCAGCCACAAAGGCAUGCCCUCACGAGUCGACCAUGCUGGAGGAGAGAAAGGCGCAGGUGGACUUUGAUCGGGAAGGCAAUGGCAGCGGAGCGUGCCAGAAGGUGAGAUGGAUAUCGCUCGCAGAUCGUGGUGCUGCGCAUCUGGUGCUGCAGCUGGAAGGUGCAGCUCAAGCGCCUGAAGCAGAUGAAGGCGGCGGACUUGUUCAGCCCCUUCCACGCCUGAACAGUAUUAGUUGGCAUCCAGAACUGGCCUUUUUGGAUGAUUGGUG